GGCAAUGUAUUUGCUUACCGCCGCUUCUCCAGCGUCUAGAAUUUGACUCCUAGUUGAAUGAACCUAACUGGAGGUUUGCAAUAAGAACCAGGAAGUUGCUGUGUGUUAGGCGGAAUCUGGGGGUGACAAGCAUCCAGAGAAAGGGAGGUGGGGCUCGGUGCGAGUGUGAAGCACUCGUCUGGAGCCAAGGCAGAGCGAGGGCACUCUAACCGAGGUGGGACUCCGCAUGAGGGAAGCGCAAGCAUCGCAUGAGCGGGUUUUCUUUCUGCAGUCUCCGGUCUUCAGCCCAGCCUCUCUGGAUGCCCGUGGCGUUCUGCAAGCAUCCAAAUGGUUGGGGGGAAAGCUUCAUGUUCCACACGAGUGACAUUGUGCAACAGGGGACGGAGAGUCAGAAGGCAGUGGUUGUGGUUGUGUGGCAGCAGCCAGAGACCAGGCGUCCCCACCAUGUUGCAUAGCCAGCCCUUGGCCGACGUCAAGGGCCGGCUCCGGAUCCGCAGCCACCUGGCCCGGCAGUGCCUGGCAGAGUUUCUGGGUGUAUUUGUGCUCAUGUUGCUCACCCAGGGGGCUGGAGCCCAGGCUGUCACCAGUGGAGAAACGAAAGGCAACUUCUUCACCAUGUUUCUGGCUGGCUCUCUGGCCGUGACCAUAGCCAUCUACGUGGGUGGUAACGUUUCAGGGGCCCACCUGAACCCAGCCUUCUCCCUGGCCAUGUGCCUGCUGGGACGCCUCCCCUGGGCCAAGUUCCCCGUUUACUGCUUGGUGCAGCUUCUAUCUGCUUUCUGUGCCUCUGGAGCCACCUAUGCCGUCUACUACGAUGCCCUACAGAACUAUACAGGUGGGAACCUGACGGUGACUGGCCCCAAGGAGACAGCCUCCAUCUUUGCCACCUAUCCUGCCCCUUACCUGUCCCUGAACAAUGGCUUCCUGGAUCAGGUGCUGGGCACGGGGAUCCUGAUUGUGGGGAUCCUGGCCAUCCUGGACACACGGAACAAGGGAGUGCCUGCAGGUCUGGAGCCUGUGGCUGUGGGGCUGCUGAUCCUGGCCAUCGGGCUAUCCCUGGGUGCCAACUGUGGGUUCCCACUCAACCCUGCCCGGGACCUGGGCCCACGGCUUUUCACCUACGUGGCUGGCUGGGGCCCUGAAGUCUUCAGUGCUGGUAACGGCUGGUGGUGGGUGCCUGUGGUGGCCCCUCUGGUGGGGGCGACUCUUGGCACGGCCACGUACCAGCUGCUGGUGGCUCUCCACCACCCCGAGGAGAAGUCAGAGUCGGCUCAGGAUCUAGAGUUUGCCCAACAUACAGCCUGAGGCCUGGAAACUCCUGCCUCUGCCCUGUUGCCGCAGCGUGAGCUCCGAUCCCGACACGGAGCCCUCGCCUCGCUUGUGGACACGGAAGUGGGGCCGCAGAUCCGGGACGGUGGCCAGAGGACGGCUUCCUCCCAAACUGGGAGGGCCAGGCCCCUGCUGCCCUCCACACCCCGGCAGGUCUUCGGACCCUGGGGGCCUCCGCGGACACAGUGCCUCAAAGCGGCCGCCAGAGGGUGCGCCCGGGGAGGCCUGGGGGAGGCCAGGGGGGGGGCGCUUCCCGCGGAGCUCGGCCCCCUCCCGGGCUCCCGGCCCCAGAACCUCGGCGCGGCCGCGCUGCCCUCGCGGGGCGGCUUCCCCCACAUGGGGAGGGGGCGCAAGGGGGGAAACUGAGGCACGGCCCAAUGCCCAGGCGCUCCGGCCGUCCUUCCCGGAGAGGGGUGCGGGCCCCGGCCCGGGGGGCGCGCGCUGGGGGGAGGGUCCUCGCUGCCCCGCCACGCGCCCCCGGCCCCCUCUCCUCCGAAUAAAAACGUCCCGGCUCUCUAUCCCCGGCUGACUCGGCUUUUUGGGGU